GAGGUGGCGAAAGGGGACUCUCUCUACUGGCGGGUAAACGAAACUCGAGAGAAAUGGACGACGAGAGGAUUCGAGAGCGAGAGAGACUUCAGAUCGAGCAGAUUCGUGAGCUUGAUUUCGAGGAAUUACAAGUCGAAGAAGUCGAUGACCUUCACGAUUCCGAUUCCGAUGAUAAUAAUGAUGAUCUCUCUUCAUUUCCUUUCUCUUCCCACGCUCAAGCUUCGUGAGCCAAUCUCUCCUCUUAACACUUGCCUUUUGGUUUCCCUCUACGAUCGUUUGUUACUUAUUCGUUCUACACUCUCUUCGUGCCUAUUUCUAGUGACUACGCGUGGCUCAAUGUGUUGCUAGAAUCAGUUUCAAGUGUUUAAACCAGUUUGAUUUUCGAGUUCUUGCUUAGUUAGGGUUUCGUGAUGUUUGAUAGUUGUAAAUCUGUAAUCCUUUAGAUAACGGAUCCAACAAAUCAGUAAUCUCUGAAUUGGCAUUUGGUGGUGCUUGACAGUGGUAACCUCGGUGAUGAUGAACUUAUGUUCAACCCAGCUUUGGCUUCUUUACAUAUGUAUCUUGGCGAGGUUGAAGACACUCAAAACAGAGUUUCUUUUGUGGAUGGAGGAACGGUAUUGAAGAUCCCGCUUUUCUAUCUUGAAGGAGUGGUUCUAUUUCCUGAGGCAACACUCCCCCUUAGAAUCAUUCAGCCUAGUUUCUUGGCUGCUGUUGAGAGAGCUUUGAACCAAGCUAACGCUCCUUCUACGAUAGGUGUGAUUCGUGUUUACAGAGAAGGGGCUCAGUUUAAGUAUGCCAGUGUGGGGACAACCGCAGAGAUACGACAAUACCGUCGACUUGGUGAUGGUUCAUUCAAUGUUAUUACUCGUGGACAACAACGUUUCCGUUUAAAGCAUCGCUGGACUGACGUUGAAGGAUUUACUUGCGGAGAGGUUCAAAUUGUUGAUGAAGAUGUGCCCUUGAGGACUCCCAGGGACGCGUUUGGAAAACUGGUACCGCUAAGCAAGUUGCGAGGUCGCUAUCCCUUGGGUACAGCAUCUUUAUCUACACCUCUUAGAGAUAUGGACGCACAGUCUGAAGCAAAUUCUGAAGAAAGUUUUGAAAGUGCUCUUUCUCCGUCAGAAAAAAGACUUCAUUAUUCAGUAGUUGACUCAAUAUUUUGUAACUCAACAAGUAGUGAUGAUGAUCAAGUAGUCAGCACCUCUACAGUCCAAUCUAGUGGGUCUAAUCCAUACAGCUUGAGGUCCAUUGGAUGUUUAGCUUCUAGCCAUGACAACGAAAAUGAAGACGAGCAAUCGGCAAUUGGCAAGACUCCUGUUUCACAAGAGAAAUAUCAGAAGCAAAAUAGGCUGGCAAGUUUCCGGCAAAAUACUGAUCUAAGCCGAUUCCGUAUGACGCCAAGAGCAUUUUGGCCAUUCUGGGCGUAUAGGAUGUUUGACUCAUAUUAUCUUGCUCAAAGAGCAGUCGAUCUGUGGAAGCAAAUAGUUGGGGUUCCAAACAUGGAGGCUUUUGUGAAUAAACCAGAUAUUCUAUCCUUUUCCAUUGCGAGUAAAAUUCCCGUGUCUGAGUCAAUUAGACAAGAGCUCUUGGAGCUGGAUGGAGUCUCCUAUAGAUUGCAGCGAGAAAUUGAAUUGCUUGAAAGUUUUGAUCGUGUUCGAUGUAUACACUGUCAGACUGUCAUAGCAAGAAGAAAAGACAUGUUGGUUAUGUCUAAUGAAGGUCCUCUUGGUGCCUACGUAAACCCACAUGGCUAUGUCCACGAGAUAAUGACCUUUUACAAAGCAAAUGACAUAGCGCUUAGAGGUAGACCUGUUAAAAAGGACAGCUGGUUUCCUGGGUAUGCUUGGACAAUUGCAAACUGUGCGACGUGCGAAACCCAGCUUGGUUGGCAUUUCACAGCGACAAACAAGAAGUUGAAGCCAUCGUCUUUUUGGGCAGUUCGUGGCUCACAGGUUGCAGAUGACAUGCGCUGAAACAGCAUUAAAACCAGGUCUCACUCACGGAUCAAUUCGCCUUUCAAUACCAAAUUACCAUAGAAAGGUUUCUAGCUUAAACUUCCCCACUAUGCUGAAUAUUGCAAAAUAGCUUGUGAAAGCACAAAGCUGACUAGAGUAUAGAAUUCUAAAGUAAUAUGCAUACAUACAAUAUAUAUAUCCAGCAUAAUGUGAUGGAGGAACCAUAGUUAGGAUUAAACGGGAAUCUUGAAUCUCUUAUGGGUUUUGUGUAGACCUAAAUGAAUUUAACUCUCAGUCUCUCACUCUCAGUCAGUUGCCGCUGAGCAUUAGAUUUUUUGGAAUGAAGCGUUACUUCAUGUAUAUGCUUUUAGUUCAAACGAAAUAUAGGUUAAGGAAAUGAUUUUAAAACAAGUAUCACGAAGAGUUAAGCUUGGGAUGAAUCAAAGUAUUAUUUGGGAUUGUCCCUCAAAUCGUGCACAAUUUUGAUUUGUACUUUGCGUGGAUCCAUUUUGAU